AUGUUGGCAUUUAGACUAAGCUCUGUGUUUCUGCUGUGUUAUAGCAGUUUAAGUUUAAGCGAAGUCAAUUGCCCAACUUCAAAUGAAGUCACAAUGAGCGACUUACAAGCUUGUCAACGACGGAGAUGCUCACAAAUGAAACGGUUCCCGACAGACUCCUACUUUGAUUGCUCAAUUGGAAUGUUCGAAGAAUGGAAACAGUUCAAAAACACCAACCGAAUUUUGGAAAGUUAUGAGCACGACCUGGAUGCAUUGGUGGACAUGAAUCCGCCCACAAUCAGUACCGUUAGUUUCUAUAUGAUUGCAGACAAAAACAACAUCAGGAACAAUCCAAAUUUAAAUCUAACAUUUCGGUUACCAAGAAACAGUCCCUACGAUACAAAAGCACUGCUUGUUAAGUUUGUUGGUAUGAACGAUCCGAGAUACCCACAACUGCUAGACCCGUAUUACAAGGACAAUCCUCGUUAUCGACUUUUCAACUUUCCAUUUUAUAAAACCCCGGAGCAAGAUAAAACACAUCCCAGGGAAAUUGUGUACGGAUGUUUUAUGGGCUUGGAUUGUCAGAGUGAAAAACGAGUUUACCUCAUCACGCUCACAGCAUACACCAUGAAUCCAAGUCACCCUGGAUCAAGUGUAACUUACCAAUUUACCGUCUACACAACAAGAUAUUUUACUCCAAAAUCAAUGAAAUUGACGAUUGCUGCAGCUUACAUCUACCGGCUUAGGACAAUGCAUGUAGUGUUUGAACCAAUAUCGGACGAACACGCCAACAAUUUUACCGUUUACAUUGUCAGUGUAAUAGACACUGGAACUGGCAAACAACACACCGUUCAGAUUGAACAUGGGUCUCCAAGAUAUGAACACGAAUUCAUUGAUAUCAGCAAUGGAAAUUACAGAGUGGAGGUGAAAGUACAGCAAUGUAUUGGAAUCAGUCCAUGUCCUUUAUCUCAGUCGGGAAUCAUUGAAGUCAAUUACCAAACAGUUUCUAUGAAUCAGCAUUAAUUUCAGCAUUGUAAACUUUUAUUGGUAGAACGUACCUCAAGGGAAGAGAAUGUCUUUUCAACGAUUUACGCUACGGUUGGUGUCGUGAGUGGACUGGUACUACUCAUUAUCCUGUUGACAUGUUUCAUGUUGUCUAUAGAUCACCGGCCUAAGGUAAAUAUUUUAAAUAUGUGCCGAGAAUCAGUACACGCAAAUGUUUCCACGGCGUUGGAGCAGUGCCUACAGCAACAUUUUCAUACAAAGGUUAUGACUAAAGAUGAAUGGUGGAGUUUGCUAGAGGACUCUCCCAAAGUGGAAUUCCGUAGGCAGAACAUGGUGACUAUCGUAACAAUAUGUCACCAUUACGGAACCGAAGAAAUUAAACAAUUGAUUCGAAAAUGGAAACAUACACAUUACAGGAAAGACUCUUUAAUAUGUUUUUCUGAAACAGACGAAUGCCUGGAAUCUUUCUUAGACUCGUACUUUAAAUGGAGCGACGGUUGUAGAGAACUUAUAGAGCACAUACAGAAAGAUCAACAAGGUUUCUGUUUGAAAAGGUUAAAAAAAUGCCGCCCUCGCCUCAAUAAUGAUUUCGAAAGUUCGAAUGAGUUCACACAUUUCCAACAAGUUAUAGAUUCAACAAAGCCUGCCAUUAUGCCCCCUAGUGAUCCGUGUCCUAUACAUUCUAACAGACAGGACGAUAUUCGACAACCUCUCAUAGAACAUGAUCCAUAUUGCCCUGUACAUAAUCCGCUAAUCGUCGGCAAUGACUUUUGUCUUCAUUCUGCAAAUUUCGAAAAGAAGAAUGACAUCUCACAGAAAAUGUAUGAAUUAGUCACUGAAUAG